ACACUUUGUGAGAAAAAAGCCGAUAAUUAGAGUGCUAAUGUAAAUAUCCUGUUCACUGAUUCGGUGAUCUUCAAGUCCCAACAGGGUCUCGAGGGCGCUUUCUUCUAUCUCUCUUUGAACCAUAUCGAGUCAAUCGACGAACAGAAGGCAGCUAAAGAGGCAAAGCCAUGGUCUCACCAGCGGAGCCACCGCACCACCAACUCCACCGCAACCUCACCAACUUCCUCCGCACCACCUUCUCUACCCAGGCCACUCCUAAAACCACACCGUCCCUUCCACCUUCCAAAAUCUCCAUUUCUCCUCUCCUAUUCGCUGACUCGCUUCUCCACCUCACUCCCUCGCCCUUCGAGUCAACUCAACAUGACUCCGUUUCUUCUAAAUCCACAAUCAAGGGCGUGUCUUCGGCCGAGUCUAGCUCCGGCUUCCCAUCAACGGUCAGGGUUUCGGGACUCGCUUCCAGUGGAAAGAGUGGUGGCCCCGCCUUCGUUGGCCAAGUCUUCAGCAUGUGUGAUCUUUCUGGGACUGGUCUUAUGGCUGUUUCAACUCACUUCGAUAUUCCCUUUAUUUCUAAGAGGACACCGCAGUGGCUUAAGAAGAUAUUUGCUAACAUUACUAAGAGUGAAAGGAAUGGCCCUGUUUUUCGUUUCUUCAUGGAUUUAGGCGAUGCAGUUAAUUAUGUCAAACGUCUUAAUAUCCCUACUGGAGUUGUGGGUGCUUGUCGACUUGAUUUGGCAUAUGAACAUUUCAAGGAAAAGCCGCACUUAUUUCAGUUUGUUCCCAAUGAGAAACAGGUUAAGGCAGCGAACAAGCUUCUUAAGACAAUCCCACAAAAUGGUGAAAGGAGGAAGGUUGAUGGUGUUCCUGUUUUUGGUGCUCAGAACUUGGAUAUUGCAAUAGCUACUACAGAUGGAAUUAAGUGGUAUACUCCAUACUUCUUUGAUAAAAACAUGCUGGAUAAUAUUCUGGAGGAGUCUGUUGAUCAGCAUUUCCAUGCUUUAAUUCAAACUCGCCACAUGCAACGCCGACGUGAUGUAAUUGAUGAUAACUUGGCAGCUGAAGUAAUUGAAGAAAUUGGAGAUAGCAUGUGGGAGCCUCCUGAGGUUCAGGAAGUUUUGGAUGAGGUUGGUCAUCCUGCCAUUCCUUUGAGUGUUAUCUCGAAGGCUGCUGGGAUUCAGCUUCUCUAUGCUCUUGACAAAGUACUCCUGGGUAAUAGGUGGUUACGGAAAGCCACUGGCAUUCAACCAAAAUUUCCUUACAUGGUUGAUUCAUUUGAGAGAAGGAGUACUGCUUCUUUUCUUAGAGCUUCUGGGUCAGCCACAUGCCUUUCUAACUCUGAAAGCGAUAUCAGUACUUCAGAGCUCAAAUCAGUUGAUGAUCUCAAACCUGACAAUGGACAGAGACAAGAUUUCUGGUUUCCUUUUGGAGAUUGGUUUAGUCAUCCAUGGUUGAAACAAAGGAAACUUCAACACGGAUCCAAUUCAAGAACGGAGAGUCCAUCAAAGGAAUACCAAAAGCAAAGCUUUGAAGCUAACCCCUUUCUUCCAAAGAUUACAAUGGUUGGCAUCUCAACAGGAGAUGGACAGAUGAGCAAAUCUAGUUUGAAAAAGACUAUGGAAGAUCUAACCCGAGAGUUGGAGAAUACAGAUCAGGGAAAUAGCACGGGUAGUGAUGUGAAUGAGUUAAGAGUUGAAGAUAGAGAUCCACUAUUUGUUGCGAACGUGGGUGAUUAUUAUUCAGGCUUGGCAAAGACAGGUUCAGCGCGAUGGAUCCGAGGAGGUAACAACUGAAAGAUCCUCAUUAUCUAUGAUGCUUAUCUGGCACAAAGCUAUUUACGGAACGGCCAAGGCAAAUUUUCCCCCUCCUUAUAUGAGAAAUCUCCUUUGUAAGUCAAAGUAGGUAAAUGCGCCAUGGUGCAUUCACAGAAGGUAGUAUGUAAAGAAAUUAGUUAAAGGGGUGUAGGUGAUCAUCUUAUUGAGCUUGUAGGUAUCCAUAUGGAUUGUUAUUUUUAAAAUGAUUCCCUGUAUAACAGAAUAAGAAUUAUUACCAUUUCCCCGGAACUUAAGCUUCAGCUUGCAAUGUAAAUGUGGAAGUCAAGUUUGUGUUGUGAUUUGCAAAA